AUGGGACUGUUAAGCAUCAUUCGGAAAAUUAAGAAGAAAGAGAAGGAGAUGCGUAUUCUUAUGGUUGGACUCGAUAACUCAGGGAAGACGACUAUUGUUCUGAAGAUAAACGGAGAAGACACAAGCGUCAUCAGUCCAACUCUUGGAUUCAACAUCAAAACCAUUAGCUACCAAAAGUAUACGCUGAAUAUAUGGGAUGUGGGUGGGCAAAAGACUAUAAGAUCGUACUGGAGGAAUUACUUUGAGCAGACUGAUGGGUUGAUUUGGGUUGUGGAUAGCUCUGAUCUCAGGAGGUUAGAUGAUUGCAAGAUGGAACUUGACAAUCUCUUGAAGGAAGAGAGGCUUGCUGGGUCAUCUUUGCUGAUACUAGCAAAUAAGCAGGAUAUUCAAGGUGCUCUUACACCUGAAGAAAUUGGCAAAGUGCUAAACUUAGAGUCAAUGGAUAAAAGCCGGCACUGGAAAAUCGUGGGUUGUAGUGCAUACACUGGUGAAGGUUUGUUGGAAGGAUUCGAUUGGCUGGUUCAAGACAUUGCCUCCAGAAUUUACAUGCUUGACUAA